UUUCCGCGAAAAAUGGUACUCGAGCUUUAAAUACACCAUUGACUUCUCUAGAUAAGCCAUAAAUGAGCCUUUUCCAGUAUCAAAAAGCCACCAAUUUACCCGUGAGCCAAUCUGCCACCUUCUCUCAGACCAGAAGAGGACUGCAAGAAAUUAAGAGUCCGAUCAGGCUCCUCAAAUGACUCAUUUCACAAAUAAGAUGACAAUGGAAAGAACCUCUCCAAGAGGCUCUGCUCUGUUCCCAUCUAAAAGAAAAGUUUCGAUAAACCUAAGUGGAGAUAUUUCAGUGCAGAAAAUAAAUAUAGCCAAAUCUGCUCCCAAAUGAGGAUAUUUUUAACCCAACUGAUCGGGUAGAUGAGACUGAAAUAAAAUCUGAUUAUUUUUACUUAAAUAUUCUUCUUGAGAACAAUCAGAAAGAGUAUGCUUACUUGAGCAAGAUACAUGAAGUAUGGCUUCAAAAGGAAGAUGAAUAUUUCGAAAAAUAAGAGCUCACAAAAUCCAAGUACCUCUCUGAAUGACGGGCAUGCUCCUUGUGAUACAAAUAGCGCGAAACCAGAGAAACUGUGAUCUGAGCGAGCUCAAAAAUACAGAAGAAUCAUAAUCAACUUCAUGAUCAAUUUAUCAGCCAAGAUUGGCAAUAAAGAUGAUAAUACGUUAUUCGUAGCAAUCCAGUUAUUCCUGAUUUAUACUUCCAAAGUGAAAAUUUCAGUCAAAAAUAUACAAUUAUAGUCGCAUGCACUUGUAUGAUCAUUGCACAAAAAUACCUGGAGAUUCAGAUCAACUGAAUGCAAGAUUUCGUCCUUCUCAGUAAAAAGAAAUUCACGAGUAGAUGUAUAUAAUAAAAUGAGAAAAGAAAAUUUUAAAGAAGUUAAAAUUCAAAUGAGAAGCAUACCCCUCUGCCAACAAAUUCGUGAGGCUAUUCUGUGAUAUCUUAGAUAUCCCAGAUCCAAUAAUUUGAGACAUUCAAGUGGUCUUAAUGGCAUGAAUGUACGAAUACAAGUUCACUUGAAUUAGGAGUAGUCAUCUAGCCAUCGCUGUACUCAAACUCUGAUGAGGCAUAACACUUGAAAAUACUGGACAGGAGCUCCUUUCAGAGGAUUUUGUACAAACUCUCCUACUCAAAUACUCAGAAAAAUGUCCUGACUUAGAAGCAUUAUCAGGCUCAAUCCGAGAGCACAUGAGCAGAGUGUGAGACUCAGAAAAGAGCACAUAUUCAGCAAUUAAACUAAAAAUACAGUAA